GGAUUCGCCUCGCUGUCAUUUUUGCAGUUUCUUCGCCAGACCAUCAGGCAGCAAAUGGGCCCCUCGCUCUUCACGGAAAAUACCCGUCGCCAUGUCAUGCUAGAGGCCACCAGUCCCGAAGACACAAGCAACAACUUCGUCGAAGACGAACACCAGAAACGAGCCAUGAUCGACGUCUACUUUGUUGCUACCAACGGAAUGCUAGACCUAUUUUCUCGAGAAGAAGUUGAGGCAUAUUCUGCAACGGUGGACACCCCAAGUGCCGAGAAACGCGAAUACAUGACGGCUGCACUCGACCUCAUGGUUGCCAUUGGAGCGCAAUGCCGAGCAGCAGAUCAGUUCGAUCGUCAGUAUGCCGUAAGACUCUUUUCCAGAGCACAGAAAACCGCUCUCGCCAGCGGACUCGAGGACCCCUGUCUUGACAUGGUUCGUUGUUUCCUGCUCAUGACCUUCUACAUGCUGGGAGCCUGUCGAAGGAACGCCGCCUUUAUGUACAUGGGAAUUGCCAGUCAGGCUGCCUCUGCUCUAGGCCUCCAUGUCACCGAACAAUAUCGUCAUUUCAAUGCUUCAGAUCAAAGCGUGCGGCUGCGCACGCUGAGGAGCCUUCGAGUCCUGGAUGUGAUGUAUUGUUCGAUUCUCGGGAGACCUUAUUCAACAGGCGCAAUCAGAACCGACCACGUCACACCGAACAGUGGCGACGUCGAGACAAGCAGUCCCCGCCAGCUCAGAUUGAAUGCAAGCUUCCGGGUCUGCACCAUUAUCGCGCAGAUCACACAGCGCCUUGACUGUGACGGUUCUAUGGGUCUGAGCACUGCCGAGGAGUUUCUGAAGCGCCUCCAGGAAUGGAGUGUCAGUCUUCCGGAUGACAUGCGGCAGUUCAAGAAGCCGGUCGACCAACCCUUGGCGCUGUCGGAGCAGGAACAAAUGAUAGGGAAUAUUCACGUCUCCUGUGUUUAUUAUUUUGCUGUGAUGCUCGUGACCCGGCCCUUUUUGAUUUCACAUCUGAUGCAACAAUUGACCGGGAAUGCAGGCGAUGGCUCCGUCACUAUAGCAACCCCUGACGCGCAGGCGAAUGUGAUUGAUGUGGCCCAGGCCUGCAUUGAUUCCGCAAUUCUCAUGGCCAAUAUGUGCUACGAGGCCCUCCAGUCUGGCAUUCUGCUCAAACAGAUGUGCAUAAUGAAGGCGUGGGUCUUCGCCGCCGGCCUGGUGCUGGGAUUCUCCAUGUUCGCGCAGGGUGAAUCCCGCUUCGACAUGGACGACGCGUUCAACAACGCGCGCGAGGUCCUCCGGAAUCUCUCCAUCCACAGCCCGCAGGCAGAGCACUACUACGAGAUCCUCAGCGGCUUCGCCGACGUCAUCCAACGACACCGCCAGCAUCUCUCGCGCGAGAGGCGCCGCUCCAAGAAUAAAUAUGUCGACCAGAUCUUGGCGCUGGAUGCCAGUCCGAGUGCCGGCGGAUCGCACUCGACUUCCUCUCCGCGGACGCCAUUGUCCACCGACCACGGCAUCGGACCUCUAAGCACUGCAAUACCGGGCGGAAGUGAAACAGGAGGUGGUGUUCUUGGGACUGACUUUGACUUUAAUGGACCACUGCAGAUGGCGGAUUAUAGCCAGUGGCCGCUGGAAAACGGGGGCGGCUUUGACUUUGGCAUGUUCGGCUGGGACAACUUUGCCAUGCAAAUUUCCGAGAACUUUUCCUUCGACAACGAGCCAGCUUGGGGUGUCACUUGA